CGACUAAGAACCAUACUCGUGCAAGAAGUUUACAAAUGCUCGCCUUGACAAACGAUUUUGACUGUACAAUCUCUGGGAGAACAAGAGCAAUGAUUGUAGGCCAGGUAGUCAAACUCACGGCCUACAUUUUAUGCGCGCUGGCAGGAACCACGGGAGGAAGAAGUGCGAAUAGUAGAAAGGUGCAGAUGGGUGACGCGAAACUCACAUUUGAGAAUGUAUGGCCUUCUAAUAAUAAAAGUGCGGAGGGUAGUUGCCUCGAAUGAGCAAUCCAUGUUCCGGGCACACUACAGUAGCCCAGCGCUCAUGUUGUAGCGUAAUGUGUGACAUGAAAAUCUGGUUCGUUGCACGCAAGCCGGUCCUCGCACUCUAUCGAACCACUGGUGCUAUCAAUGCACUAGUCGCGACAUGAUGGUUCCGCGAAUUGUCCUUUCUAUGAUGCUCAUGCACAUAAACCUCCACGGGCAGCAAGCAUGGAGCAGCAGGGAGGCGGAACUUGGAAGGGGCGUUGGGGGAUAAGGUCAUUGUCAUUGGUGUUUUCCCAUGCUGGUUGGUGGGAAUUAUGGCGGCUUCGGAUUUUAAGCCGUCAAAGUCAAAAGAAGAGCGAUUCCAACAACAUCUUUUCGCCUUUAGGAAAGUGAGCCUUAGGGCAGCGUUAAUGUUGAGGAAAGGACGUCCGCUACAGAUACACGUCCGUUCGUGUUCUUCAUCGAGAUCCAGAAAAGAACAGAGGUCAUACUUUUGAUCAGUCCGUGCCCACAUUCGGUCUACAGGUAUUGCGUUCAUUUUGCAAUUUUAUGAGUAUGUAAGGACACAUACGCAAGUCGCAAAGGGAAAGGGAUGCAAUCUACUCGUCUGGAUUGGACUCCCACAGGAAAUGAACAUUCUGCUGCCAUGCAGAGCUAUCUUCAUGAAAGUUUUGAUUCCCGGCUUGUAUACGCCAUCGAGACCCACAGUCCAGUGCUGCUUCGAGUCGGAGGGCACAGUGACGAGGUUUUCUCACUACGAUACAGAUGUAGAGAGUGAUGGGCAGUUUUCGACCGAGUUUGAUACAAGGCUUUGCAUGGAUGCAGCUUGGUACACGAACCAAGAAUCGGACAACUAUUCUUCUGCCCUGACAGAUAGUGUACAACGGGAAAUUCUAGUAUUUGUUCUACCCAAUCUGUCACGAUUGUUUUGUUUUUUACUUGAGCAGGAUUUGUUAGUGAAAGUGGCUUAGGGGUAGUUGUUUUGCUAUUUUCAUUGGUGGAAUUAGUUGACAGUGUGUUAUUUAUGUAUAUUAAGUAUUGAUUUCAGAUUAGGUUUUUUUCUUUAUUUUUUAGAGAAAGAAAUUAUUUUUUUCCGGUAAGUUUUCUCCACUU